UUGGAUAAUAUUUAACCCAGACAUGCUUAUAAAAACAAGAGGUAGGCUACACGCAGACACAUCACAGAGGAAAAAGCCUGAGAAUCAAUACAGACCUGCAGGUUAUAUAGCCGCAGUAGAUAUAUCUACUACUGAAGUACACAUUUAAGUAUUGAUCUGUAGAAUGGGGGGACUGACUCUGACCCUGGUGCUGCUGUGUCUGUCUGGGACUCUCAGUGAAGAUGCUGGAGAAGACAACCUGAAUGACAUCAUGGUACAGAUUCAGCCUGAACAGGGACGGAACAUAGAGAAUGAAUACAAGACUCACAACCAGCAGGUGAAGACCGCAUCCACUACAACAACAACCCAAUCAGGAUGUGAGCCUACCAUUCAUACUGUGAUGAGAGAACUGGGGGCAAUGGAGGAGAGACUGGGAGCAACUGUUAGGUCAUUGGAAGGCAUGAGAAACAGGCUGGAAGCCAGUGAGAGCCAAGUUAGGUCGUUAAAUGCCACAGUGAAUGAACUGAAGAGAUUCAAUGAAGACAGGCCCCAGGUGGCGUUCUCAGCUACUUUAGGAAUUUCUGGAACCAUUGGACCUGUCAGCAAUGAAAUCACUCUGGUCUUCCGGCGUGUUCUAUCAAACAUUGGAAAUGCCUACAAUCCAACCACAGGCAUCUUUACAGCACCAGUGAGAGGACUCUACCACUUCACCUUCACAGCUUUUGAUUGGGGAUGGAGUACAGGGGCAAGCUUAUGUCAUAACGGACAGAGAAUGGUCUCUGUGUAUGAUGAGAAGGAAGGGGGUUCCUCUGAGUCCUCAUCCAAUAGCGCCACCUUCCUGCUACAAGUGGGAGAGCAGGUGUACGUUGCUCUCUGGAGAGAUGGACAUCGGAUAUCUGACAAUGUCAAUCACUACUCCUCAUUUAACGGUUUCCUGCUCUUUCCCAUGUGAGGAAAAGAUGAUGAUGAAUGUGUUAGAAAUAUGCUAGAAAUGUUCAAUAUGUUUUUCUGGUCAAUUACAUACCAUAUUCUAUGUCAAAACUGUAAGAUGUUAGUGUGUGCUUGUAGGAAUAAAAGAGGGGCAUCCUGUAUUUGUUCUCAUUAGAUAUAAUAAUUGAGAUUUUUAAUUAAGAAGGCUAAUAAAAAUAAUACAUUUCAUUGUAUUUUAUUGAA